AUGACCGAGGCAGGUUCCAACUGGAACAUCCAUAACAUCGUGGCCUACCUCCCCGAUAUCCCCCGCGCCAACAUGGAGCAGCGAGGGCCGCCCGAGUUUAUCCUCGAGGCCUUUGCCGACCCGGCUUCCGUCAAAGAGGUGGUCAAAGGCAUCUUACAUACCAUCUUCUUUCACCGAUACUUUCCCCUCAUCACUCCACAGACUCGACCUGUCCUAUCUCUCUCUCUACCAUAUAUCGAUGACGUCGAGCUCGAAACCCUCAUCGAACAGCGCGCCGCCCUCCUCGAACGCCAACUUGAUGCCGAGCGCAACACAAUCGCCCAACAGCACCACGCGCCCGUUCCUGGAUCACCCGGUCUUGGUGGCCGGGCCGGGGUUGGCACAGCAGCAGGGGCACAAGGCGGCGGUGGGCGAGGCCAAAUCUCAGUAAAGUUCUCGGAGCGGAAACGGAGAAAGGCGUGGAUUGUGAGAGGGGAGGAGGAGGUGUGCUGGGAAUGUUGGACUAUCAAGGUUACCGUUGCAGAGCCUAAGACCGAGAAUGAGCGAGCCAAGGUUCGUCAGGCGAUGGAACAAACUUUACUCGCCGCCGUUCGAAAGAUAAUGAAAUACGUCAACGCCAACAAAGAUCACAUACCUCCCAUUACCGCAACGAGUGGGAAUCCGUUUCCCUAUCAGAUCACCGUCAACCAAAAAGAGGCUGGGUGGGCAGCCCGGAUGGGAAUAUACUAG